AUGUCGACUCCAAAAGACCAGCCGAUAACAAUCGAUGCUUUUCCCAACGAGCUUCUCAGCAAUAUUUUCGCGCUUUACGUUCGAGCUUCGCACACACCCAAUGAUCCACGACCAUCGAAGAGAAUUGGCCGCAUCGAAGCUGUCGAUAAUAGCCCCAACAGUCCCGUCCUGCUGGGAUGGGUCAGCUCACGGUGGAGAGCUGUUGCUCUCUCCACAGUCGGGCUAUGGUCUACGAUCGUUGUGAGGAACCCCUUGCCGCGAGAUGUGGGCAUCUUCAAGCAAUGGCUUGAGCGCUCUCGAGGGGCCUUGUUGGAUCUCACCCUAUCACGGAACAUGGAAAGCAACGAUGGCGCUCCCUUCCACAACAUCCUUUUGUCCGCUGCUGCUGAAUCUUCGCGAUGGAGGUCAAUAAACCUUGCCGUUCUGGACGAAGAUUUAGAAGAUGUUUUCGACCCGAAGACCCUCAUACUGUCAAACCUCAAACAUGCCCAGUAUAUACACGAGAUACCCGACAGAGGUCUCAAGCGCCGGUUCUACGAAUGUAUCUUCACAUCCCCCGUCCUUAUCCAGUGUCGCAUCGAAGCGUGUUCCAUCGAGCCCACAUGGGUCGCCGGUCCAGCAUGGAACAGCUUGCGGAGCGUGGUCAUAGAUACCAUCGACACCACAGGCCUCAUAAAGAUGUUGGCAAUGUGUCCAUUGAUUGAACAAUGCAUGGUCAAUAUCAUGUUUCUAUCUCCCUCGGAAAGUGUACACCGUACGACAGUGACGGUGCCAACACUCCGUUUACUCCAUCUCGCUUAUGUCGAGCGAUAUCUCCAGUUCCUUGACUACCUAGCCCUUCCUUCUCUGACAGAUUUCAGGUUCUCGAUACUCCGUGCUCAGCGAGGCACCGAUGGGGCUUCCUCUCUCUGGGGAAAAAUAAAGGAUUUUGGGGCUAGGUCGCUGUGCAAACUCAAGUAUUUCGAGUAUGGUUACAACACAUCCUACGAGGGCGGCCACAGCGAUCACGAAAUGGGGGACAACGUUAACCUUCCCAUGUUCUCCGAAGUCUUGGAGCUGUCCCUACUUUCUAAGGUCACAGACACUACCGUCACUGCCCUUGCCUUCAAGGACAGCUUGCGACCUCUACCCCGCCUCAAGACCCUAAACUUGGAGUGUUGCGAUUCGACCGAUGGCGUGCUUUCGAAUACAAUACUCAGCAGGACUACUUCGGGCGACACCACCCUCAAAGAAGUCUCUGUUGUAUUUGGAGGGUCGCCCGAGGAGCGGUCCGAGGACCUAAGCCUCGAGCAAAAGCUCGAUCCAACAAAAGUUACAUUGAAGCUUGGAACAUCCGAGGAGUACGAGUCUGGACUAGGAUAUACCAGCUUCUGGUAG